AUGAGUAGGAGGAGCCUCCGUAGCGGUGCGGCUGAGUCAGUGAGGUCUCCAUGGCACUCUCAAGAGUCGACUUCAAGGUCUCGCUGGGAAAUGGAAGACGCGAGUUCAGUAUGUUCACGGCUGUGCUACUGUGGGAACGUUGUCAAAACGCAUACAUCGUGGAUGGUUUCUCAUCCUGGAAGGAGGUUUCAAGUAUGUGCAAGGACGAAUGGAUGUACAUUUUGGGAAUGGGCUGACCCAGAGAUGUGUGACAGAUCGAAGCACAUAAUUCUAGGCUUGCUUAGGAAAAUAUAA